ACAAAGCAGUUUUAUAUUCUUAACUUCUGAUUUGUUUCACAAUUAUCUAACCUGAUCAAAAGUGGGACUGUUUAGAUAAAUUAUAAUGAUGAUAUUAAACAUUUUGACAAAGUUGCUGUACGUUGCCGACAUGAAAACGUGUUUAAUUAUUUCAACUUUGUUAGUUACCUGCUCAUCGGAGCCACACUGCUCCAAAUUUCAUUAUGAGGAAAAACUACUGGAAAAAAUGAUCAGGACAGAAAUUCUUGUUGAAAAUAUGAAGAAACAAAUGGAUACCAUAGAAACGCGAGUUACCGAAGCAUUAGCCAAACUUAACGAGAAUACUGUCAAAUGGAACGGUGAAAUAGAAGCAAUGCAAGAAAACAGCAAUACAAGUCUUCAACUGGUCCAGGAGAAAGCAAGUGAUCUUGACAAAAAUAUGCAAGAAGUGCAAGACUUGAAAGCAAAAAUUGUAUCGCUAAAAAUUGCUUUCAAUGCAAGGAACAUAAAAAACAAAAGUCCAGCUGUCGGCGACACCAUUGUAUUCACUGACAUUCUCCUUAACUUUGGCGAGGCUUACAAUUCCGACUCUGGAGUAUUUACUGCUCCAUUUGGAGGCAUUUAUCUGUUUACAGUUCAGUUAUGUAUUUCUGCUAGUUUGUAUAUUGAUUAUGGAUUAGUUGUUGAUAAUGUUUAUAUGGAUACAGCCAGGUACAACAUCGGUACAGGCUAUUGUGUCUGCUUCAAGUUAAGCACAACAGUCCAUGUCAAGACAGGGAACAAAGUUUUUGUGAAGGUCGUAAGUCGCUCGGGAAGCGGGAUUAUUUUACAUCACAGUAACUCACACUACUCGACAUCAUUUUCCGGAGUUCGUAUUCAGACAGAUUAGAUAUUAUUUCUUAACUGACACAAACACCAAUGUCUAGAUAUAAAUCAUUAUCUUGAUACCUAUAGUUGACAGAAUAUUUAUGUGUUGUGAUGAUAAUUAUACCAUAGUGAUAGAAUAAUUGAUGCUUGUUAAUUUCCUUAAGAAAUUGGUUCGUCUAAAAAGUGAAUGUGGAAAACUGGGAAUGUUGUCGAACACUGCCGAACGAUGCCGAACUAAAAAUGAUCCAGACUCUACUAAUUACAUCAAUAAAAUCUUUGUUGCAACAAUUUCGUGUUCUGUAAUCUAAAAAUAGCCAUAAGCUUUACUUUUUGAACAAAUUCUUUUAAGGAACAAUCACAAGGAUGUUUUCAAUAUAA